GAGUUGUUCAGUAAUAUCUGUGGUUCUAUGUUUGGAGCUGGAGCAGAGACGGCGUACGCUUACGUCGAAAUUUCUCGCAUGUGCGGCAGCGACCGCUUGCCUACAUUUGAGGAUAGGCCACAUAUGCCCUACAUAUAGGCCGUGAUUCGUGAAACGAUCCGCUGGGGCCCUAUCGUACCCAUGGGAAUUCCACAUAACACGACUGAGGAUAACAUCGAUAUCUAUGAAGGUGACUUCACAUCGAAAGAUACACCCAUCAUUGUGAACGUUUGGGCUAUUACUCGAGACGAGUCUCGCUUCCCUGAACCCGAGGAGUUUCGUCCAGAACGUUUCCUUACUCAACAAGGAACAUUGACGGGUGAGACACCCGAUUUCGUCUUUGGGUUCGGACGACGUGUAUGUCCCGGAAGGUAUCUCGCAGAUGCUUCCGUAUGGAUAGGCGUGGUAUAACUUCUCUCUAUGUUUCGCUUUGAAAAGGAAAGGGAUUUUGUCCCCGGAUGGUCGUCUGGUACUGCAAGAACUCCCCUGCCCUUCCCAUGCCGGAUAAUCCCCAGACAUUCUGGAUUAGACUCGGAGCGGCUGGCUCAGCUAUAAGGUUACUAUUUGGGCGGUCCCACUAAGGAACUGCUACGCUUUAUGGCGGAUACUUUCGUCACACAGUGACGGACACCGCAAACCGUAUGUCUCAUCUUGCGCAGAUUCUAAUUUUGUGUCGUACUUUGUGGGCCUAAUAAUGGUUUGAGUGAAUGUAUGAAGA